AUGUUUAAACAGUUAUCACAAAUUGGUAAGAAUAUUACCGAUGAGAUAUCUCGGGGGCUGAACGAGGACUUUUCUACACAGGACUCGAACCAAGUACAGGGCCAACAGCAGCAAGCACCUGCAAUAAAGCGUGAAGCUACUCCUAGUGAAUACGAUGAUUACCCUAAGGAGAUCCAGGCAAAGCUUCGGAAGUUUGAAAAAUAUGAGCAGAAGUAUCCAUUGCUACUGACUGCGUACAAAGCAGAAAAGGAGAAGGCGGAGGAUAUUGAAGCAUUGAUCAAGAUACUGUCUGAGAACACUCCGGUGUCCAGUUUGAAUGAAGCAGACCAAUUGAAGGGAUUCUUCGAAGAUCUGAAUAUGAAGAAUUCGCUUUUAAAUGACGAGGUGAAGCGUUUAAGUUAUGAAGCUAUUAGCAGAGAUAAAGAGUUGGAAGAGUUAAAACAGUUGGCUGUGGAGCAGUAUUCAAAGGUUAGCGCAAAUGAGGAUAAGGACUUGGAUGCUUUACUAGAAACCCAGAAACUUAAACUUGAGCAAAAAUAUGAUGAGAUCGUGAGGGAGAAGGAUGGUGAGAUAGAGGAGUUGAAGUCGACAUUACAGAAGGUCGAUCAAAAGAUAGAGACACUGGAGUUAUUAGUAGCAGAAAAGGAAAAUGCCCUUUCAGGGCUUGAUGGUCAGUUAAAAGAUCAAGAUGAAAAAUUAAAUCAAAUGGAGAAGUUGUUAUCUUUGUACAAAGACGUCAUCAAGGAGUUUGAUGAGCCUAAGAGCAAUGUUGUUUCCAAAGGGUCUCCGCCCACUUCAACUGGUAGAUCUAAUAAAAGGAAUAAGAACAAGAAGAACAAGAAUAAGCAGUCUGUGAAGGAUAUUGCAGGUGGUGGUGUAAACUUGGAGCAUGAUGGCGUAGAUAAUAAAGAUAAAGAACCAGGGACGUCUCUCAGCGAAGCUAUAUUUAGUUCUAUUGAGACUAAAGUCAAAUAUGAAAACCUUUGCGGGGACUAUGAAAAAUUGAAAGAAGAGUUGGAAAAGAAUAAAAAGGAUGGGGACCAAUAUAGGGAGAUGGAACUUCGUAUUAGUUCGUUACAAUCUGAACUUUCAGACACAAAAGUAGCUCUUAAGACCAGAAAUGAGGAAUUGGAGAUGGUGAAAGAUAUGCUCAAGACAGUAGGGAAUGAGUUAGUAGAUGCAAAGGAUAAACUGAAAGAGCAAGGUGGUACAAGUGACGAAGAGCUAAAAAGAUUGAAGGCCGAAGUAGAAGCUUUGCAUGAUGCGAAGAGCCAGUCGGCUUCUAGUUACGAGGAGCAACUUGGCAAGCUAACCAAGGAAGUAGCCACGUUGCUGGAUGAUAAAAACCGUUUAGAAAGUGUGUUGGUUCAAUCGAAUGACCAAUUAACAAGAGCGCAAGAACAAGUUCAGAAAUUCAGAAUCCAGAAUAACGAAAUGAACGACAAGAUGAGAGAAUUUAAUACUUUGAAAAAAUCUGAGUCGAAUUCAAAGCUUGCAUUAGCCCAAAGAGAGAAAACGAUUGCAUACUUGGAGCAACAGGUAAAAGACUACAGUUUGCAAGGAUCCAAUGCCCAGAAAGCUCUCAGGGAUCUUGAGAUUGAGAGAGAAAGGUUAAACAAGAGGAUUGAAUACUUGGUAAAAGAUUUGGAAAGAACCAAAUCGGAGUCUAAAAAGAGUAGUGGAUCCCUCGAGAAUUAUAUUAAAGAAAACGGCAAGCUGUCUGAAAGGCUAGAGGUGUUGCAAGAGAAAUACGAUACUGUAAAAAGUUUAAAGAGUAACUCUAACAACCAAGUGGAUUCAAUAAAAAGGCAAUGCGAGGAGUUAAAUGUGAAAUUGAAGGAGGCCAACAAGAAGAUUAUUGCAUUGGAAGAGGAAUUAAACGAGAAUGCAAACAUUUUACAAGAGAGAACUCGUGAGACAAAUGCAAUGCGGCGGUUGUUGAACGAUGAUCAUACCGAUACAAACGCGAAGUUCCGUGAGCUGGAAGAAAAACUAGCUAUUAUACGAGAUGAGAGAGACAAACUGAAGUCUGAAUUAGAUAUUCAAGUAUCUAGAAGGCACCGUGAAGUUCAAGAUUUGCGGGAAACCAAUCUAGAGUUGAAAAGCCAGAUAAGCACCUUAACUUUGAAGGAGAAGGAAUAUGAAACGGAGGUGCUGCAUCUAAAAGCAGUCAACCAAAGGAUGCAAAGACGCAGCAGUACUGCUUCCGAAGGCUCUGAAGAGCUUGAACUUGUAGUGAAGAGCUUAAAGGAGUCGUUGGGCAACUCUGAACAAAGACUUCGGAACUUGAAGGCGUCAAAUCAAGAAUUAAGGUUGCUGAAUAGUGAUUUGAAUUCAAAGUUAGAGAGGCUUUCUAAAAACUACAAGUUACUUUCAGGCCAAUUAAAGGUGGCGAAGGAACAAAGUGGUGGUGGUGCCACCAUCACCGCGAUGGGUCAUGGCACUCAGUCUGCUAGAAGUAGUAGGUCCGGUUCAAUAUCGAUCCCUCCAUCGCCUGGUAACGGUGGUGAGCAGCAGCAAGUGGAUGCGUCUUCCAUGGGUGGUAUGAAAAGAUACGCGACUAAUUCCGGCGCUUCCGGCGCAACACAUGAGGUGGAGGUAAAUGAAAAGAUAGCAUACAUCAAGAAUGUGUUACUUGGGUUCUUGGAACACAGAGAACAACGUAGUCAGCUGCUUCCCGUCGUUACGACAUUACUGCAUCUUGACAAGAGUGAUGAGAGAAGGUUACUGACAUCCCUCAAAUGA